AUGGCUCCUUCGGCACCGAUCUUAAUACCCCACUUCGCGCAAGCGCAAUUGCAGCUCCUCCUCCAAGAGCAUGAAGCUGAAAUCUCCUCUUCUGUUCUCGCCAGCACCGCCGCCUCAGUAUCGCCCUCGACGCGCCGGACAUUACAGGCGACAGGUUAUGCAUUGACGGGGAUCGUCUUAUCACAAUGUCGAACAGGGCUAGGCGGACGAGUUGUUGGCGAAUUCGCUGCCGACGCAGCCGUCUCUAGCAAAUCGAAGGGAGGAGACGGCAAUACUGAUCGAGGCAGCUCGGAUGGGGAACCUCGAUUAGGCGCGCACGGAAUCCGAGUGGGAGACAUUGUUCGUGUGAACGACAUAAGCGGCUCGGGAAGCAAGAAGUCGGCAAAAGAUAAGGGAAAAGGUGGCGGCAAAGACACAGCUGAUGAGUCGAAGGGUCCAGAAGGCGUGGUUACACGGGUUGGGGAGAGGAGCAUAUGGAUUGCAUUUGGUCAGAGGGGCGGUGGUGGCCGUUCCAAAGAAGACGAUGAAGCAAUUGAAGAGUUGUGGGGGAAGAAAUUAUGGCUUAUUAAACUUGCAAACGACGUGACAUACAGACGGAUGAAUCAGACCAUGGAAAAAAUGUCUAAAAUGACUGAUUCCGACUACACGCAUUUUAUGCGAGUAGCAUUUGGCCAUACGACCCCGAUGCAACCUGGCUACGACGCUAUCGGCCCCAUUGAAAUCACUGAUCCAACUUUGAAUGACUCCCAGAAAGAAGCGAUCAGAUUUGCUCUGGCCUCUAGAGACGUGGCUCUCAUCCACGGUCCACCCGGCACGGGUAAAACACACACCUUGAUUGAACUGAUCAUUCAGAUGGUCAAACGAAAGCUCCGGGUAUUGGUUUGCGGCCCGUCUAACAUAUCUGUUGACAACAUUGUGGAAAGGCUAGCUCUGAAGAAAGUUCCGAUUGUUCGCAUAGGUCAUCCUGCUCGUUUGUUGCCGUCAGUCCUUGAGCACUCUCUAGAAGUUCUCACCCAUACGUCGGAAGCCGCAGCGAUCGUUAAAGACGUUAGAAAAGAGAUAGAUGAAAAACAAGCCAGUAUACGCAAAACCAAGUCAGGAAGGGAACGGCGGGCAAUAUACGGGGAUCUGAAAGAGCUGCGACGGGAAUACCGUGACCGGGAAUCUAAAUGUGUGGACAAUCUAGUUCGCGAGAGCAGCGUCGUCCUGGCCACACUUCAUGGGGCAGGUGGCCACCAGCUAAAGAACCAAAAGUUUGAUGUUGUGGUGAUUGAUGAAGCCAGUCAAGCUUUGGAGGCCCAAUGCUGGAUUUCUCUUUUAUCUGCUUCCAAGGUGGUUCUGGCAGGCGACCAUCUGCAGCUUCCCCCCACCGUCAAAUCCACAGUUCAGAAAUCGAAGAGUGCUAAGACGAAGGGACAGUCUAACACGAAGAGUGGUUCCACCGACGCCAGUGAUGCGGACAUUAUUGGCGGUGUUUCUCUCGAGACUACCAUGUUUGACCGGCUUCUUGCGCUCCAUGGACCAGGCAUCAAGCGUAUGCUAACAACGCAGUAUCGGAUGCAUGAGAAGAUUAUGCAGUUCCCUUCCGAUGAACUCUAUGAGUCUAGAUUGAUCGCCGCGGACUCCGUGAAGCUGCGUCUUUUGAAAGAUUUACCAUAUGAGGUUGAGGAGACCGAUGAUACCAAGGAACCACUUGUGUUCUGGGACACGCAAGGCGGCGACUUUCCAGAGAAGACUGAGGAUGACGAGAUUGGUAAAAAAGAGGCACUGCUCGGUGAGAGCAAGAGUAACGAGAUGGAAGCUUUGGUAGUGGUGAAACACGUGGACAACCUUAUACAGUCGGGCGUGCGGCCUGAAGACAUUGCCUGUAUCACUCCGUAUAACGGCCAGCUUGCUCUUCUUUCUUCGAUGCUGCGAGAGAAAUACCCUGGUCUUGAGCUGGGAAGUGUGGACGGCUUCCAAGGCCGCGAAAAGGAGGCAGUCGUGGUUAGUCUCGUGCGCAGUAACCCCGAGAAUGAGGUGGGAUUCCUUGGGGAGAAGCGGCGUUUGAACGUCGCCAUGACCCGUCCCAAACGACAUCUUUGCAUCUGUGGUGAUGCGGAGACCAUCAGCAAGUCAGUGAACUCCGUCCAUUGCCAUUCUCUUGAAAAUGUUGAACCUCGGAAAACGAAUGCUGACAAGAAGCCUUUGAUGUACAGAGGAAGCCCCUUUCUUAAGCGCUGGAUGGGGUUUUUGGAAGAGCAUGCAGAUCUUCGUUACCCAGAUGCCGCAGAGGUGCUGUAA